GCCCGCAGCCCGCAGCGGUCGCUCUGCUCCCUGCUCCUCAACUGCUCGCAGAGUAGCGAACCACCAGGCCAUAUGACGUUUGCUGUGAAGAAUGCCUCUAGGAAGGAAGUGAGCGGGUCCCUCAGGCUGAUGACCGGCCGAUCGAGCAGGUCUUCGGUGAUGGGCAGCGGCUCUGAAGAGAUAUUCAGUCUUGCCUCAGACGUCGAGUCUCCGCCGCCUUUGCCAGCUAUGGAAAGGAGAAAAAGUUAUCAGCGGAAGAGGCCUGGAAAAACAGCGGCGGGGCCCUCGACCGAAGCGCCACGGGCUGCCGCGGCGGCGUCCGCGGACGAUAGCAGCUUCCUGCGGCACCUGGAACUCGAGCCCGCUGAUACGGUACUCACAGGGCCCGGGAGGACGCCCUUCACAACAACUCGCAGGCUUACUCGUAAAGGCGGAGUUGGUUUUGGAUUCUCUGUUGCUUGGAUACAACCUCCUAGAAUCGAACGAGUAGAAGCUGGACUACCGGCCGACCGAGCUGGUCUUAGGCCGGGAGAUUAUAUUAUUUUUGUAGACAAGUACAACGUGGUAACAAUGCCAGAGGAUGAAGUCUUGGGACUGAUCAGGUCGUGUGGGAACACGCUGAACCUGGAAGUGUACCGGCGCGUGUCCCCGAACGGGCUGGUGUCCGGGUCUGGGGCAUCCAGCGGCUUCCCCGCCCCCGCAUCGGGCGCCGCCGCCGCCCCCUCUCCCGCCCCCGCGACGGCACCCGCCAGGCCGGCCACCGACUGCUCCGGCGCCACCUCCGCGUCGCUGGACCUCAGCCGCCGCCGCCUGCACCUGCCGCAAGUCACCUUUAGUUCUGAGAUCGAACCACUAAAUCAAGAGGACGCCAGGCGGCAAGCAGUUUAUCAACUUAUGUACAAAGAGCAGCACUUCGCCGGCGUGCUGCAGUUUGGAGUUAGUAGGUUCCUGCUUCCCCUUAGCGAAAGGAAAGACCUUCUCAGUUCGAAUGAGCACCAAACGCUUUUCCAGAAUUGCGAAGAGCUCUUGCGGUUAACAGAAGAUAUACUAGAGCAGUUAGUUCAAGAUGACGCUGAACAGUGUGCUCCGGGAAUUGGUAGAGUUUAUUUGAGGAAGCUGAAUGUACUCACCAAUUCAUACAAACGGUAUCUGGUGGGCCUAAAAGCAGCAGACUGUCUUUUGGUGUCUAAGAUGAGGAAUCAAGAAUUUAUGCGACUUGUUGUAGAGCCUACUGUACCUCGGCGGAAACCUGACCUCACAACAUUUUUACAUAAACCAUUAGAGCAUUAUCGUGAUAUUCUAAAACUGCUUCAAACCAUUCUGCACCAGACCAAAGUUACCGAAGAUGACUACCCUAUUCUUUCUAAAGUGGUUCACGAGCUUCAGUUGGCUUACCGGGACAUGGCCACAGGUACAGGAUUGAUGGAGCCUGAUGGUGAAGGUCGGCCCCUAUUGUCUCUUCAAGAUCUGGAAAGUCGUGUAGUUUUUACACGUUGCAAGCCGUUCGCGCUGAACUCUCCGGGCAGGCAAUGGAUCUUCGGCGGCGACCUGACACGGGUGGAGGGGCGGUCUACGCGGCCCUUCUGGGCGCUGCUGUUCUCAGACCUGCUGCUGCUUGCCACCGUCUCCAGAGACCGCGUCCUCUUCGUCACUGAGGAGCCCGUCCCGCUCCUCUCCGUCUCGCAGGCGUGCUUCAAUAUCAGGAAAAAAGCGACCGAGUUCCGGCUGCUGCUGGACGGCAACGCGGAGGGCGCGGCCAGCCCUGCGGUGGGUGGCUGUGGCCCGGAGCUCAGCCGCCAUCCCAAGAAGAACAUCCGCAGGCGCACCAUCGUGCUCAGGGCUCCGACGCCGGAGCUCAAGGCUGUCUGGCAGAACCUCAUACAACGACAGAUCAUUUAUUUGAAUACAGCGAGAGGUGGGACUCCAGCGAGCAGCCCUCUAGAUUCUCCAGAUCCUCCUACGACUCUCUCCGUCGGCACGUUGGACUCUCUGUCAUAUAAACAACAGACUCCGGCAGUAGGUCGGUCGCCAGCAAAUUCUAGACAGCAACUGGACGAGCUUAUCGAGCUGAGGUGCCGGCGCCUGGGAAAAUCGGGAGCGAGCAAAGGCAGUGCGCUGCACCUGGCGCAGUGGAUGCGGGGCCAGCUGGGGGGCGCCGGAGGCGCGAUGACUCCGGAGGACGAGCCCGAGCCCGAGGUGUGGUCCCCGGAGACGCUGCGCAGGAGGCAGCCCACCAUCGCCGUGGCCGGCUGCUCCACCAGCCGCCUCGACGACCUCGAGUCCUCAGACACGGAGCGCAGCCACUCCCACAGCACCUCUGACAGCCAGGUAACAGUGCGAUCUGGUGGGCAAGAACAGACCGUGUCUGUAUGUCGCCAGUGCCACAAGACGUGCCUUGGCAACAGCCGACAGUCACCCCCAGAUAUCAGCACACUCGAGGAUGACACAGACUGUGCUGACAACUGGGGUCCUCUCAUGCUAAUGGGCAUGUCCGCACUAAAUGCCACUGUUGGACUUGGCUCCUCUGUUGUCACCGACCCGUUCUCACCGACAGAGGUGCCAUUAAUUUCCGUCCUGCCCCCAACCCCUGACACUCUUCCCCAGAGUGACAGCUUCCAGUGGGAUGAUGUGGACAGGGGGCCCACUGAAGCCACUGCCACAAACCCUUCUUCUUCUCAGAUGUUUGGUGUGAGAUCUGAGAAACAUGUGGUUGAAGAUAGUGUUGAAGUCAGUCCAGAGAACUCGCUACAUGAGAAUCAAGACCUGCCAUAUAGGAGCCUCUCUUCAGCAGGGCUGAAGAGGUUUGGAACUCAAGCAAGUCUAGACAUUGCUGAUGUUGAUGUGGAAAAUGUCAUUGAAGAUAUUACAGACUCUGAGGAAGGAACAGAAUGGUCAGGUGAAACAGAUGAUCACCAUACACAGUCUACAGUUGCUCAAAUUCAUCGAGUGGACUCAGACUAUGAAAUCAAGCCUCAGCCACAACUGGAAUCCAUUACUCCUCCAAUGCGUGGAUGGACAUCCCGUGCCAGUUCCUUUAUGGCUGAGAAAAUGUCUUUGAUUGAGAGGUAUCUGCGACCAGCAACAGAGGAACAGUCUCAGCAAGCUGAGAUGUGCACUCAUGAACUCACAGCUACAUCUUCUGGUGAAGAAUGUGAAACAUCAGGUGAUGAUGUAUGGGGUACACCAACAAGCGGUGGUGAUUUGGAUGAGGAGUCUAUAUUCACAGCAGUCACAGGGCAGCAUGAAACACCAGCUGAUUCAAUAUCCAUAGAAACAGCAGAGGAAGACACUGAAUUGAUGAUGGAUGAGUUACUAGCAACACCACCUUUAGCAAGCACCAGCAGCAGAUCAUUCCCUCCAAGACGACGACUGGAGCCAUUACUUGAGGAAGAAGACACAGACAUCCCAAGUGAUACCCCAUCCCCCGAACAGGGCAACAUGUCUGGAGGUGUUGCUGAUGGUUGCCUCUCUGCAGAGUGUGCAAACCCUGCAACAGACCAGCAGAGCUUCUUCCAUCAACUGCGCCUGCAGAAAGUCCGCAGCGAGCUGCAUUGGGCAAAAACAAGCAAACUGACAAGCAACUAAGAAGAAGAUUUUGGGAAUGGUUCCAUAUUGGCAGAAGACCUGUGGCUUCUUCUUCCAUUCAGCUUGUGUCCUAGAUUUUAUACAUAUAUAAGACACUCAACCCUUCAAUUUAUGUCCUCAUUUCUGAAAUGAUACCCAAGGACAGACAUGAAGCAAUGCUCUUACUAAGAUAUAAUACUUGUGUUCAUUAUUUAAGUAAAAUAUUAUGAACUGUUUCAAACAAUCCAAAGAAAAAGAAAGAACCCCUGAUUUAAAAAAUCAAGAUAAAACUAAUAAUCUUUGGUACAGUACAUCAAAUGCACUCCACAUCUACAUACAUCUUCAAUAUCAAACAAAUUCUAUUUCUUCUAAUUUUUAAAAAGAAAAUGUGUUUUCAUAUACAUUUUACCAUAAAAAUUCUGUAUAUCUUGUUCUAUUAUUAUAUACAGUUAAACUUUCCAAUGGGUUGGCAUGAACAUAAACUAAAGCUACACUUAAAACUUGUUUCUGUGGAGGAGAUACAAUUUUGGAAAAUAUUAAAGGACUGUACCUGUUUGGAACUAAGUUUGUAAUACAUUAUGGUGCCAAAAACUAAAAAGAGAUGUGAAACUAUUUGUUCUGCUACAUACAUUUUCUAAUUAUUUUUAACUGUGUAUCUGAUGUGUCACAAGUAAAUUUUUU